UUUUGCACCGGAAGUACGUCACCUUCCUCUUCCGCCGCGGCUCCGGCGCCUGAAACACGAGUGUUCAUCUUUUCUCUCAUUACGGGAGGCGCAGUGAAUAAACUGGACCGAGUGGCGACACAAAGCUGACAGAAUGAAACCCAUCCUGCUCCAGGGCCAUGAGAGGUCCAUCACUCAAAUCAAGUACAACAGAGAAGGAGACCUGCUCUUCUCUGUAGCUAAAGACACGGUCGCCAACGUGUGGUACUCUGUCAAUGGCGAGAGGCUCGGCACCUACAAUGGACACACAGGAGCUGUGUGGUGUGUUGACUGUGACUGGGACACUAAGAACGUAUUGACAGGAUCAGCAGACAACAGCUGUAGACUGUGGGACUGUGAGACUGGUAAACAGCUGGCCCUGCUCAACACCAACUCUGCUGUCAGGACGUGCGGCUUCGACUUCAGCGGCAACAUCAUCAUGUUCUCCACAGACAAGCAGAUGGGUUACCAGUGCUUCUUGAACUUCUUUGACCUGAGAGAUCCACAGCAGAUUGAAGACAACCAGCCCUACCUGUCCAUACCCUGCAGUGACCACAAGAUCACCAGUGCUGUGUGGGGACCCCUGGGAGAGUUUGUCAUUGCUGGCCAUGAGAACGGAGAGAUCAACCAGUUCAGCGCCAAGUCUGGAGAGAUCCUGAAGAAAGCCAAGGAGCACACCAAACAGAUCAACGACAUCCAGACGUCAGUGGAUCUCACCAUGUUCAUCACUGCCUCCAAAGACAACAGUGCUAAGCUGUUUGACUCUGCUUCUCUGGAUCACAUCAAGACCUUCAAGACAGAGAGACCCGUCAACUCCGCCGCCAUCUCUCCCAUCAUGGACCAUGUGGUGAUGGGAGGUGGACAGGAGGCCAUGGAGGUCACCACUACCUCCACCAGGAUCGGCAAGUUCGAGGCCAGGUUCUUCCAUGCUGCCUAUGAAGAGGAGUUUGGCAGGGUCAAAGGUCAUUUCGGCCCCAUCAACUGUGUGGCAUUCCACCCGGAUGGCAAGAGUUACAGCAGUGGAGGAGAGGACGGAUACACCAGGAUUCAUUACUUUGACCCACAGUACUUUGAUUUUGAACUGGAGGCAUAAACACUCAGCUCCCUCAACACACGGCUUCAGCUAACCGGCUACUGACGGCAGCCUCGCCUCCUUCCCUUCAUCUGAUCUCUAAUCAGUUUUACUUCAGGUAAAGAUAAAGAGGUGACACAAGGGUUUCUGGUCUUUUUUUUCCUAAAAGUCAUUUUUCUAACAUCACCCGGACACCAUCUCGGUGGGAUCAGAGGCAGUUUUUGUACCCUGGAUGUGGAGCCAAUAUGACUGGACUUCAAAACCCACAAUCCCCAAGUCUAUUUAAUCUGCUUUUACAAAUAAGUAGAAUUGAAGUUGAUAUAUUUCCUGUUGCCAUUCCACCACAAGUCACCAUAAAAUUAUUGAAUUCAA